GGGUACAUGCACGGGUCCGGGUACCAGCGAAAACCGGUUCAAAGAAUCUUGAAAUAAAUGGCGAAAUGGCGUGGCAACCCCAACCAGCAGGACUGUCGCAAAUUUUACAACUCUUGAAAGAAUCCCAGAGUCCGGACACUGAAAUUCAACGAGCUGUUCAACAAAAACUUGAGCAACUAAACCAGUUUCCCGACUUCAACAAUUAUUUGAUCUACGUGCUGACGAAAUUAAAAACCGAAGAUGAGCCCACCAGGUCCCUCAGCGGCCUCAUCCUCAAGAACAACGUCAAGGCCCACUUCCACAACUUCCCCCCGAGCGUGGCCGAAUUCAUCAAGUCGGAGUGCCUGGAGAACGUCGGCGACCCCUCCCCUCUGAUCCGGGCCACCAUCGGUAUUCUGAUCACCACCAUCGCCACCAAAGGGGAGCUGCAGAACUGGCCUGCUCUGCUGCCCUCGCUGUGUCAGCUGCUGGACUCUGGCGACUACAAAACAUGUGAAGGAGCCUUUGGCGCACUGCAGAAGAUCUGCGAGGAUUCAACCGAGAUUCUGGACAGCGAUGCCCUGGAUCGGCCCCUCAACACCCUCAUCCCGAAAUUCCUGCAGUUCUUCAAACAUGCUAAUGCCAAAAUCAGAUCCCACGCUAUCGCAUGCGUCAACCAGUUCAUCAUCAGCAAGACCCAGGCUCUCAUGUUACACAUUGAUCCCUUCGUUGAGAACUUGUUUGCUCUGUCGCACGAUGAAGAUCCUGAGGUGCGUAAGAAUGUCUGUCAGGCUCUGGUCAUGCUGCUGGAGGUGCGGAUAGACAAACUGCUGCCACAUAUGGCCAACAUCAUCGAGUACAUCUUACUGAGGACCCAAGAUCGCGACGAGACGGUGGCACUAGAGGCUUGCGAGUUCUGGCUGACGUUAGCUGAACAGCCCAUCUGCAGGGAUGUCUUAGCCGUACACUUGGACAGGCUUGUCCCCGUCUUGGUGCGCGGGAUGAAGUACUCGGAGAUUGACAUCAUCCUCCUGAAGGGCGACGUGGAAGAAGACGAGAUGAUACCAGACAACGAACAAGACAUCAAGCCGCGAUUCCACAAGUCCAAGACGCAUGCGCAGCAACACUCGGUGGAGGAAGAUGAGGAAGGGGUGGAUGAUGAUGGUUCUGACUAUGGCAUGGAUGACGAUGACGCUCUGUCAGAUUGGAACUUACGGAAAUGUUCAGCUGCUGCUCUGGAUGUCCUAGCCAACGUAUUCCGAGACGACUUGAUGCCGUUCCUCCUACCCAUCCUGAAGGAGACCCUGUUCCAUCCAGAGUGGGAAGUCAAGGAGUCGGGAAUCCUGGUCCUGGGUGCAAUUGCUGAAGGUGUAGGAUGUGCCAAUGGGAUGGUGGCUCACCUGCCGGAACUCAUCCCCUACCUGGUCAACUGUCUGUCGGACAAGAAGGCCUUGGUCCGCUCCAUCACCUGCUGGACGCUCAGCCGUUACUCCCACUGGAUUGUCAAUCAGCCCCACGAGAUGUACCUGCAGCGGCUUAUGUCAGAGCUGCUGAAGAGAAUCUUAGACACCAACAAGCGGGUCCAGGAGGCGGCAUGCAGCGCCUUUGCCACCUUGGAGGAAGAAGCUUGCACGGAGCUAGUCCCAUACCUGGGCUUCAUCCUGCAGACAUUGGUCUUUGCCUUCAGCAAGUACCAGCACAAGAACCUGCUCAUCUUGUACGAUGCCAUCGGCACGCUGGCCGACUCGGUCGGCCAUCACCUCAACAAACCGGAGUACAUCAACAUGUUGAUGCCGCCGCUCCUAGAGAAGUGGAACUCACUGAAGGACGAAGACAAGGACCUGUUCCCUCUGUUGGAGUGUUUGUCGUCAGUAGCCACGGCGUUACAAUCAGGAUUCCUGCCCUACAGUGAGCCAGUCUACCAACGAUGUGUGUCCCUCACGGAAAAGACACUGGCACAGAUUGCUGCUUCUGAUGCACGGCCCGAUCAAGUGGAGCCGCCCGAUAAAGACUUCAUGAUAGUAGCCCUGGAUCUGCUCAGCGGCUUGGCCGAGGGAUUGGAGGGCCACAUCGAGAAAUUUGUGGAGAGGAGUAACCUUCUCAGCCUGCUCUUUCAGUGCAUGCAGGAUAAGAUGCCGGAGGUUCGCCAGAGUUCUUUCGCCCUCUUGGGAGACCUCACCAAGGCCUGCUUCAAGCACGUCAAACCUUGUAUAGCUGAUUUCCUGCCCGUCCUCGGUCAGAACCUGAACCCGGAAUUCAUCUCAGUGUGUAACAAUGCCACGUGGGCCAUCGGUGAAGUCUCCAUACAGAUGAGAGAGGAGAUGGAGCCGUACAUAACUCUGGUCCUGACCCAACUGACAGAUAUCAUCAACCGACCAAAUACCCCAAAGACACUCCUAGAAAACACAGCAAUCACAAUCGGUCGUCUGGGCCUGGUAUGCCCGCGGGCCGUGGCCCCAAUGCUUCCACAGUUUAUACGACAGUGGUGUACCUCACUGAGGAACAUCCGUGACAACGAGGAGAAGGAGUCAGCAUUCCGAGGCAUCUGUUCCAUGAUCACUGUCAACCCGGCGGGUGUGGUUCAGGAUUUUAUCUUCUUUUGCGAUGCCGUCGCGUCUUGGCAAAGUCCUAAACCAGACCUGAAACAGAUGUUUUACACGAUCCUCCACAGCUUCAAGAACGAAGUUGGGAACGAAAACUGGAAGAGGUUCUCUGAUCAGUUCCCGGCACCCUUGAGAGAGAGACUAGCACUCAAUUACAAUGUGUAAUGUCCACGUGGUUGAAGGACACGUCUAGUCUUGGUUUCCAGCAGCUGACCUGUGAAAGAAAUGAACUCUGUUAUGAACCAUCAGUCUGCUCCAGUCGAGAGCUUGAUAAAAAUGGGGGACCAUGAUCACAUGCAACACCGAGGGGACAAAAGAACAACUAAAACAGCAAUUGGCCGUGAGGUAAAAGGUCAAAUGGGGUCAAAAGUUCGAGGGUUAGGGGUCAACUCAAGUGGAAGAGCCAAUGUGAGGUUGUAGUCGAUAUUAAGUGAUUAACUUUCGCUAAUGCUUUCACUGUAUGGCUUCGUAUACUUGAGGGAUAUAAAAUUUAAAGUUGGGAAAGGAAAGGAUAUAUUUCGCUGCAUUCAUCAAGUCUUGUUGAUUAAAUACAAUGCUGACUUACAUGUGCACCGAAUUUACUCCAAAGAAAUAUCGCCGCAAUCUUGGGCGUUGUGGUCGAGGGUAUUUUGUAUAAUUUCCGCAGCAGCAUUUGGAACUUGCUUGAGUGUGUGAUUCGCUAUUGCACAGCUGUAUCAAUGUAAAGAUUUUCGGGCUGGACAAAGUGGGAUUCGGUGUUGUUAAUGUCUUGUUUUUGGGGGAGCCGUCCAAUAUGGGAAUACAGUGAGUGCGCAAACGGGAAUGUUAGAAAAACUAAGAUGCUUAAUUUCCACGACUGACUGUACACAGUUAGCAUUGGAGUUAAAGUUUUCCUGCCUUUUAUUUGCUGUCAAAUGGAGAAUUCAUUAAGGAAUGUUUCGCUUUUGAUUUGAUAUCAACAGAUUUGUUCGCUCGGUCGAAAAAACAAACGUAUUAGGACAGGAUGACCAGCCAUAAAUGUAGUGUAAUAUUAAUGGCUCACAUGCUCCUGGCUGGCGCUUUGCUCAGUAAUAAGAAAGCUGAGUAAUAAGAAAGGGUAAAAAAAAAAAAAAAAC